CUCAGCUGAUUUGAAAUUUGUAAAUAAACUUGGAAACUUCUUAAGUGAUAUAAAGUUUUCGAUGGCGUGGCCUUUUCAAUAAGAAAAUAUGAUAUUUGCCGCAUAUAAAUUAGAUAUUGUGACGGCACUAAGUGCCGCAUUAGCUUUACGAACUAUUGUUUCGUUGUAUUCAUAUUCUGGCGCUGGAAAACCUCCAAUGUAUGGCGAUUAUGAGGCACAAAGGCAUUGGCAAGAGAUCACAACAAAUUUGCCACCUAAGGAUUGGUACAGAAAUACUAGUGACAAUGAUUUACUAUAUUGGGGUCUGGAUUAUCCACCCUUAACAGCAUAUCAUAGUUAUUUGCUUGGUAGUAUCGCUAGACGAUAUAAUGCAAGUUUCGUUGAAUUGUACAAAUCACGAGGAAUUGAAUCCAAUGAACAUAAAAACUUUAUGCGUCUAACCGUUUUAUUUGCUGAUAUUGUUUUAUAUUUGCCAGGGCUUUUGAUAGCUUCCUUAGCAAUUUUAAAGCAACAACAAGUGAAAAAAUCAUUACUACUAUACCUCAUACCUAUGGCAUUUUAUCCUGGGCAAAUUCUCAUUGAUAAUGGACACUUUCAAUAUAAUAACAUAUCGUUGGGUUUAUGUUUGUUAGCUAUUGCGAGUAUAUAUAAAGAGAAAAUAUAUUUGGGUGCCUUCCUAUAUACUUCAGCUUUGAAUUAUAAACAAAUGGAACUGUAUCAUGCGCUACCAUUUUUCGUUUAUAUGCUGCGAACUUGUUUUGAUCAGAAGAAAUUUUCAACAAAGGCGAAAACAUUUAUAUUACUAGCUCUCACAGUAUCAUCCACGUUUAUUGUACUGUGGCUGCCCUGGUUGCAAUCUUUAAAUUCUAUCUUAGAGGUGGUAGGACGUCUUUUUCCAAUUGGACGUGGCGUGUUCGAGGAUAAAGUUUCGAACUUUUGGUGUGCCAUAAAUGUUGUUUACAAAGUCAAAGACAAAUUGUUAAAUCAACAAAUGGCUAUACUUUGUUUCGGAUUAACGGCGGCAUUUGUGCUGCCCAUAAAUAUCCAUCUAUUCUUUAACAAACGAAAGGAAACUUUUAUCUUAAGUUUAGUCAACACUGCCAUGUCGUUUUACUUGUUUUCAUUUCAAGUGCAUGAAAAAUCGAUAUUACUGGUCGCUGCACCUGCUAUGUUGUUAUUUAGCAGGUAUCCACAGGAAACUUUUUGGUUUUUGGAAGCUACCGUGUUCAGCAUGUUUUCAUUAUUCAUAAAAGAUGGCUUAAUUCUACCCUUUUUUAUAUUACUAUUCAUUUACCAUGUGGUUAUAAAACAAUUUAUAUUGGAACACUUCAAUUUCCUUGAAUCUAGAAGUACUAUUUUAUCAGCAAUUUCUUCAGUAUCUGUAUUUUCUAUGUUUAUAACUGCUUUCAUAUCUUUAAUCGUGCCUCCUCCAACUAAAUAUCCAUAUAUUUGGCCUUUAUUAAUUAGUGUUUAUAGCUUUGUACAUUUCAUUUUAUAUUUCGGUUUUUCUUUAAAGCAUCAAUUUAUGAAUGAUGGUAAUAACAAAUUAAAAAGUAAAUGAAUAAUAAAAUUCAUGCAAAAACGGAAAAUUUAAUUUGUUUUGGUGGUUUUGAACACAGAAAUUUCUUUAAAAUAACUAUUUAAAAUUUUAAAAAAUAUUAGCAGAAUAGUAGACAAUAUAAUUUCGACAAUGGUCUUAUAUAACGAAAGUUGAAUGAAGUGUUGUAGUUAAGAUGAAUAGCAUUACUUGUAGGUAAUUUUGCAUACGUGACAAUUUUAUAAUAACAACAAAUAUAAAUGGAAUAUAAAAU